AUGGUAUGUAUAGAUAUAUGCCUUUCCGGUGAAGUGAGUGCGGAUGCUAAUAUCGAUAUAACAGAGGUUUUGAAUCUUGACAGGUCUGCGUCAAAGGACGAGAUCAGAAAGGCUUAUCGAAAGCUAGCACUUCAGUAUCACCCUGACAAAGUCCAGGAAGAUGGACGAAAGGAAGCAGAGAUAAAAUUCAAGGCCGUCAGCCAGGCAUACGAGAUCCUCUACGACGAAGAGAAGAGACACGUCUACGACACUCAUGGCAUGUCCGCAUUCAACGGCUCCGGCCGACCAGGUGGCAUGGGCGGUGGCCCGGAUCUGGAUGAUAUUCUGGCCUCCAUGUUUGGCAUGAAUAUGGGAGGAGGAGGAGGAAUGCCUGGCUUUGAUCCAAGAGGCGGUGGACCGGGAAGACGUCGAAAGGGACCCAACGAGGAACAACAGUACACUGUUAGUCUAGAGGACCUUUACAAAGGCAGGACUGUCAAGUUCGCCAGUACCAAGAACAUCAUUUGCACCCUGUGCAAAGGAAAAGGAGGCAAAGAAAAGGCCAUUGCUAAAAAAUGUUCAUCUUGUGGAGGCCAGGGACAAAAGGAGACCUUGGUACAGAUCGGACCGGGCCUUGUCACCCAGUCGCUGAUGAGAUGUACUACCUGCGAUGGUGCUGGCUCCUUCUUCCAGCCAAAGGACAAGUGCAAGAAAUGCAAGGGAAAGAAGGUCACUGAGGAAAAGAAGAUACUCGAAAUCUACAUCCCUCGAGGUGCAAAGGAAGGAGAGAAAAUUGUCCUUGAGGGUGAAGGUGACCAGCAGCCCGAUAUUGAACCCGGAGAUAUCAUAUUUCACUUAGAGCAGGCCGAACACAAGACUUUUAAACGUGACGGUGCCGACCUAUCUGCUACACUGGAAGUUACUCUCGCAGAGGCACUCUGUGGAUUUUCCCGUGUUGUUGUGAAACAUCUCGACGGAAGAGGCAUUGAAAUCAAGCAUCCUCAGAAACCAGGCGACGUUCUCCGCCCCGGCCAAGUUUUGAAAGUCGCUGGUGAAGGUAUGCCAUUCAAGCGCGGUGAUGCGCGCGGUGACCUCUACCUAGUCGUUGAGAUCAAAUUCCCUGAAGAUGGCUGGGCUUUAAACCCUGCAGCCUUGAGCCAGUUGCGGGAGCUGCUUCCCACCAAUAAGGCACCAGCAAUCGAAGCCGACACCGUUGACGAGGUAGAAUUUGAUCCCAAGGCCAGUCUCGAUGACAUGGGCGAAAACGAUCCUCAAGGAGGCGGCGCCUGGGUUGACGAAGAUGAGGAUGAUGGAGAAGGAGGCGCUCAAUGUGCUACCCAAUAG